AUGCUCAGGUCAUUAGUUAACUUGGACGUCAAGGCAGAUCCACGAGAUAUUGAAGAAUCAUUGUUUUGCACUUUGAAGCUCAGUUAUGAUAAUUUGGCAGAUGAUAAUCUACGACAAUGUUUUCUAUGUUGUGCUCAAUGGCCUGAAGAUUCAUUCAUUCGAACGGUUGAUCUCAUAGAGUAUUGGAUUGGAAUUGGAUUGAUUGAUGACUUUAGAAACAUUGGAGAAUCUUUUGACAAGGGAUAUAAUCUCAUUGGAAACUUAAAUGCAGCAUGCUUGUUGGAAUUGGAGUCUAGAUCUGAUGAUGAUUAUGUCAAAUUACAUGAUGUGAUUCGUGAUAUGGCACUAUGGAUUGUGUCUGAGUAUGGGAAGAAAAAGAACAAAUGGAGUAUAUGUACAAAUGAUGAUGAUGAUAUAAGUCAAUAUUUGGUGUGGAAAGCAGUCAAGUGCCAUAAUAGCUUCCCUAAUAUUUUCCCUCAUAUUCCAUCUCUCAUAUACUUGAAUCUAUCUUGGGAACCUAUCUCUGAUCUUUCAAAAGAAAUUCGAGUUAUAGUAAAUCUUCGUUACCUCAACAUCAGCUACACAUACAUUUCAUCACUUCCAUCUGAGUUAAAAGAGCUGAAGGAAUUAAAAUACUUCAUUUUUAGAGGGGGCCGCAUGGGCACGAGCAUAAAGGAUGGGUUGUCUACAUUAUCAAAGUUGCCCAAUUUGCAAGUGCUUGAUCUUUAUGAAAAUAAUUGUUUAAAAGCAGACGAUUUGAGUUUAUUAAACAGGAGAAGGAUACUUAAAGCGAUUGGUAUGCAUGUGACCUCAGUCAAGACUCUUGGUCUUCUCAAAGAUUUGCCAACCUGGAAUAUAAGUAUGCAAGGACUGCAUCGUAUGCCUCUACUCCGUUUUUGUGACUUGAGUUACAAACAUGGUGGUGAGGGUUUGAUGCGGACAUUGGAAGUAGAAGGAUGUUCAGCAAUAAAGGAAUUGAUUGACCCUGCAGAGAUGCAGCAAGCUUCAUCAGGCCUUUCCACCUUUCCCAGACUACAAUAUUUGAAAAUCAGGCAAAUGCCGAACUUAGUGAGCUUAUGCACAUGUCCAUUGGAUUUCCCUGUUUUGUCUAAACUUCAGUUGGAACUUUGUCCAAAGCUGAAGAAACUUCCUUUCAAGUCAUCCAUUGUAAAUAAUAAAUUCGAACACGUGACAGUUGAUGAAGACUUGUGGGAGAGUUUGGAAUGGGAGGACACAACAAUCGGAUCUCACCUCACCAAGUUCCUUGUAACAUUAGGAUUCAUGAAAAUAGAUUAG